AUGCCCCCAACACUCAGCCCCGCCGAGGUAUCAAAGCACAACCGCCUCAACGACCUCUGGCUCGUCAUCGACGGCAACGUCUACGACUUCUCCGAGUUCAUUCGCGAGCACCCCGGCGGCAUCGCCGUGAUCCUGCAGUGCGCCGGCAAGGACGCCACCGACGUCUACUCCGAGGUCCACGGCCCCAACCUCGCCUGGGCCUUCGUUUCCUCCGCCGCGACGGACCUGCACACCAAGACCCGCAACGCCUCCGCCUACUCCCUCAUCGGCCUCCGCCCGCGCGUUCUCGUCGACGUCGCCUCCGUCUCCACGUCCACCACGAUGCUCGGCAACCCCAUGCGCUCCCCAAUCUUCUGCCCCCCGACCGCCAUGGCCCGCCUCGUCCACCCGGACGGCGAGAAGGAGCUCAGCCGCGCCUGCAAGUCUGCAGGGAUCCCCCAGUGCGUGUCCGUGUCCGCGUCCUUCCCCCUGGACGAGAUCCUCGCCGCGCAGGCCGCGCACUCCCCUGCCGCGCCCUACGACGUGCCCGUCUUCUUCCAGCUGUACGUCGACAAGAACCGCGCCAACUCGGAGCGCCUCCUCCGCUCCGCCCAGGCCCAGGGCGUCAAGGCCCUCUUCCUCACCAUUGACGCCCCGAUCCCGGGGAAGCGUGAGGCCGACGAGCGCGUGCGUUCCGACGAAUCCCUCGGCUCGCCGAUCUCGGGCGCCCGCGCCGUGAACGACGCCAAAGGCGGCGCCCUGGGCCGCAUCAUGGGUAGCUACAUCGACGCCUCAGUGGACUGGUCCGACAUCGCCUGGCUCCGGCGCACGGUGCCUGGGCUGCCCAUCGUCCUCAAGGGCGUGCAGACGUGGAUGGACGCCGAGCGCGCCGUCGAGGCGGGCGUGGAGGCCAUUGUGCUCUCGAACCACGGCGGGCGCAGCCUCGACACGUCGCCGGCGACCGUCAUGGUCCUGUUGGAGCUGCAGAAGAACUGCCGGCACGUGUUUGACAGGGUCGAGGUCUACGUCGACGGGGGCAUCUCGCGUGGGACCGACAUCUUCAAGGCGCUGUGCCUGGGUGCCAAGGCGGUCGGCGUGGGCAGGGGGUUGUUGUACGGGCUCAACUACGGCGCCGAAGGCGUGGAGCGCUAUAUCGAGAGACUGUCGGAACGAGAUGAGCUGACCUGUGCAGUCCUGCGAGACGAGCUGGAAACGACGAUGAAGAUGUGCGGCGUCACAAGUCUCAACCAGGUCCACCCGGGCUUUCUCAACACGCUGGCAGUGGACCAUCUGGUCCCAGGACGACAGGAUAACCCAAACACGCCCUGGCGCCGUGACAGACACAGCCGGCUGUGA